GCUUAUAAUAAGUUGAAUUGUGCCUUUUUUUAAGUCACUUUAAUUGUUUUAGAUUCCCGGCUUGUGGUACUUUGUAUUUGUUUUAUACUGAGGUCGCUUAUUUGGGCUUUUUCGUAAUAGCUUACUUCAACUACACUGAGACAUUAAAAUAUUUUUAGCAGUGGUUUCGGUGAUUGACUGGGUCAAUGAAUAGCCUACACAUUAUUACAGUUUUAAAAUCAUCCUAUCCUUUCUCCUGUUCAAUUAAAAAACACACCCAUAAUCGUGAACUUUUUGGUCCACCACUUGACGCAUUUUGAGGGUAAGCCAAAAAAGAGCAAUUUUGAAAGUCAAUGCUGCUUGUUUUUGAACGGCAGUGCCGUUUAUUUUUCUCGCGAAGAUUGGGAACACUGGUUUUCCGCCGUUUACGUUGAAUAUUAGGCCUAGGCUGAGUUGGCGUGUCGCAACGCUUAAUGGUUUGACCACAUGACAUUUAUAAAUUAUAAUCACACGUUACAGUUACAACUUGCAGUACAAUUUACACCAUGUUGAAAAUUAUAGAUACAAAAAUUUGGAACAUAUUUAACAUUUAGUCUUUAGCUAAAAUUAAUACUUAUAGUUAUGUAUGUCAAGUUCUGUUACUUCGUUAACAUUUGAACUAAGCCUAAAGGAAAAUGACAUUUUAUAUCAAACCACCUCGUGGUUCUAUACCUCUGGAGCAAUUUCAAGAGCUUGGUAGAAAGAGACUACAGUUUUUACAGAAGUUAGUUUCCACUGGUGGAAGUUUUGAUCGCAUAAAGUCGUUAGUUGAAGAAGCCAGUGUUGUUGAGGAUUCGGACUGUUUUAUAGAUGGAACGAUGAAAGACAGGAUAUCCCAUUUUGUGUUACGAUUAGCAAGUGUAAACAACAGAGCGAUGCACUCAUUUUUGAUCCAAGCAGAAAGUCUGCUGUUCAGUUUCCGAGUUAGCUGUCACACUUUGGAUGAGAAACAACGUAUGCUGCAAGACUUGUAUCGGCAUACCACUACUACCUUAUCAGAAAGGUUCCUGACGUCUGACCUAAAUAAUGUAUUAGCUACAAUUAGAUCUGUCCUGAAGCAGUAUAGGAAAGAAAGGCAUAAAAAUCUGUUGGAUCUAGUUUUUCAAGUUCCAUUUUACUGUGCCCUGGACUUUGUGAGGAAUAGAGAGGUGGAACUACAGAAUGGUGUUGCUUACUUACAGUGGUCACAGUUUGAUAAGUUGUUGGUGUCAUUCUUUGAAAUGACUAUUACAUCUGGCUUUGAACAAAUGGCUAGCUCAGCUUGUUUGUUCCAUCUUCAGGAAGACUUGAGAUUAAAGCGUGUUUGUCGUCGGCUUCAGAAUAUCUUCCUUCAGAAUAGCUACAAGAAGGAAUACCCGUUGGCUGGGCCGAGAUCACCUCUCACCCAAUCAAACAUUGAUGAUCUAUCCCAUUACUUUCCUUUAUGUAUGAAUCACCUUCAUUCUUUGCUGAGAAGGCAUCACAGAUUACGGCACACAGGAAGGAUUCAAUACACACUGUACCUCAAAGAAAUUGGACUUCCUGUAGAAGAGGCAAUUAAAUUUUGGGAAAAGGAAUAUUCACAGCCUCCAACUUGUGGACACAGCAGUUCAUUGUCACGUACUGGAUGCUCACAUGAGUGGUCAAAGGAUCAUCGUCGUUAUGUUUACAAUGUUCGGCACCUGUAUGGCUGUGAGGGUGGCAGAAAGGAUUACUCCGCUCAUUGCUGUGGGGCAUUACAGACAAGAUUAGUGGCUACCAGUGAUGAUGGAGGGUGUCCAUUUGCUGGGUUUGACAAGUCGUAUUUGCGGAGCAUCUUGCUGCAGCGAGGGUUGAAGGAGCAGGAUGUAGGAGAAAUAGAAUCUUUAGUAGCAAAAGAAGAUUUCAGAGGAGCAUGCAUCAAGUACUUUUGGUCACAAGUAGAAAGAUAUAAUAAAAAAGAAAAGGAGAGGCCUUGUCCGAUGCUGUUAGACUGAAGCGUCCUAAUCUGGAGAAACAGGAAAUUUUUAUAGGUUGUGUACAAGAAAAAAUAUUAAUAGAGAAUUCAGCAACUAGUGAUAGACAGAAGCAACAGUUUAUUAACAAAUUUGAAAACUUUGAAACAUUUCACAAAACUGUGUCCAUUAGUAGUAUUUCAAAUGACUUAGAUGUGUGUGCGGGAAAAGUUGGUACCACAGGUCAGUGUUUGGGAUGCAACACCAACUUGGCUGUGGGUUUAACUACUGAGCCAUUUGAAAGAAAUGUGUUCCCACAGAUAAAAGAUAAUGAGGGCUGUUUUCACCCUCCCGAAGAAUGCAUAGAUGGUAAAGAUAGUAGUUUUUUAUCAUCGGCCUCAGUUGCCAAAAAAGGUAUCAUGCCAGAAUUACAGAUCCAUUCAACUGAUUUAUUAAAACCUUCUAAUUAUUAUUGGUCAUUCAGAAACUUGCUGGAUGGUUUAGUACAACCUGAAGUAGAAUGAUACAUUUUUUUUAUUUCAUAAUAUUUGACAGUAAUUAUAUUAUUUUAACAAAAAAACAAAAGACUUUGAUAGUCCAGAAAGUUUUAUUUGUUAAAAAAAGGAUUCUUGUUAUGACAGUGUAACUGAUUAAUUAUAGAUGACAGUGUAACUAAUUAAUUAUAGAAAUGAACUAGAAAUACUUCUUUUAUUAUUUACUUAAAAUUAAAAGUAUAUUUAGGCAUUUGGUCAAAUAUUUUAAAAAAAGGAUCUUUCUUGAUUCUUUGUAAAAAGCAAUACUAGGUGGGUUUAUACGAUCUGUAAUGAAUUGAUGCAUAUUUGUACAAAGGUCAUUUCAUAAUUAGCUUGUGAUUUUUUUUAAAAAACUGAGUAAUUGAAGAAUCUUUACAAUUCAACUUUGAUGUUUUUAUUUUGUUAUGGUCUCCUUAAUUAAACCAGAAUUUUCUUUUAUUGCUUUUUCCAAAAUUAAAAGUUUGUAGUAGGCAUUUGAUGGUUCAUUUUUUGUAAGAAAGCUUACAGU